AUGAGUGCAAAGUUAAUGAUUGUAAGCCUCUUACAAACCCAGCUGCUGUUUUCUCAAGCCGUUAGUCCUUCUUCUCAACCACAUGAGAACCCGACUCAGUAUCGGCGCAUCGUUGGGGCUUUACAGUAUCUCACCAUCACUCGCCCUGACCUAUCUUACGCUGUCAAUCGCCUCUGCCAGUUCAUGCACUCUCCGACAGAUGAACAUUGUUUGCUUGUUAAGCGGGUUCUUCGGUAUGUCAAAGGGACUUUGGAUUAUGGGCUUCGUAUCUCGUCUUCUGCAUCCUCGACUAUUCAUGCCUUCUCAGACUCCGACUGGGCCGGCUGUCCGGUAGAUAGGAAGAGCACUAGUGGAUAUGCUGUUUUCUUGGGUGACAACCUCAUCUCUUGGCUAUCACGGAAGCAGCGCACUGUGGCCCGUUCGUCUACUGAGGCUGAAUACAAAGCCUUAGCUGAUGUUGUUGCUGAGGUUACUUGGGUAGUGUCUCUUCUUCGUGAGCUUGGCCUACACUCUGGUCAACCAUCCACUCUAUGGUGUGACAAUCUAGGAGCCACAUACCUCUGCACAAACCCCGUCUUCCACGCAAGGACGAAGCAUGUUGAGAUCGACUACCACUUUGUACGUGACAAAGUUGCCUCCGGGGAGUUUAUCGUUAAUUUUGUGUCCACUAAAGAUCAACUGGCUGAUAUCCUCACCAAACCGCUACCGGGACCUCGCUUCACUGCUCUCCGAGGCAAGCUCAAUGUUGUCUCGCACCCACCUUGA